AUGGUUGGAAGUUGUAUAGAAAACAUUGAAAACAAGAUACAUCAUUUACCGUAUAUGAAUAUGAUAAAUAACCAGUCAAUUGUGAACGAUAAUAAUUGUGAUUUGAUGAAUAUUUCUACUAGUGAACUAAUAAACAUUUCUUCAAAUAAUUUGAUACUGACAGAAAAUAAUUCCAGAGCUAGUCCAUUAUUUUUACCUUCUCAGCCUGAAACUCCUAUGGACGUAUCUCUUAACGAAAUGAAUAAGGAAUUAAACAAAACUUUAAGCCUAACCCCAGACGUUGAUACUUGCAAUGAUCCUGAAUAUCAUGGAGAUCUAGCAACAAACAAGAAAAGGAAGAGCACAGUUAAUAAAGAUACGAAGAAAUGGAAAAGAAUUGUUAAUCGAGAUUUAAGAAUGAAGGGACAGGAAUACCUAGGAUAUAGACGAGAAAAAAAAGAAAACAAUAAAAAAAGCAAAAUACACCAUGAUGUCUUUAAGCCAGCUAGAACCAUAAAACCGGCGUGUGAUUCAACAUUUUGCAGGAAAUCAAAACUAAGAAAUUGUAAUCACAUAGAUGAAGACAAAAGGAAAUACUUAUUUGAAAAUUUUUGGAAAACUAUGUCUUGGGAGCAACGAAGGCUUUUUAUAUUAUGCUCUCAUGUGACAGCUUAUGAUAAAAAAACAAGUAAAAAAUCCUGA